AUGGAAAUUACAAUAGAUGAAAAUAUAGAAAUUAGUGAUAUUGAAAAUUAUCAAUAUCAAGAUAAUUCUAAUGAUGAAAAUAAUCAAUAUAAUGACAAAUACGAUAAUAAAAAUUAUCAAUAUGAUUAUGAAAAUUAUCAAUACAAUAAUGAAAAUUAUCAAUAUGAUAAUGAAUAUGAUGAUCAAUUGGAAGAGAAUUAUGUAAAUGAAUUGCUAAUAACUGAAAAUAAAUUUUCUGAAGAUUUAUUAAAUGAAAAUGAAAAUUUUGAUCAAUUAAAUUGGGCCUUUACUGAAGAAUUUAUUGAGGACAAUAUAUGUCAAAUUUGUGGUGAAUUACGAUAUGAUAGUAAAGAAAACCUAAGAAAAUUUGCUAUUUACUUUCCAUUAAUCCCAAGAUUAAGAAUUCAAUAUGCAGAUCCAACUCGUGCAAAUCAAUUAAGAUAUCGUUGUAAAUUGCCUAUUUAUAAUUUAGAUAAUUUACCACUAAGAAUACAUAAAUCUUAUCUUAAAAAAAUUAAAGAAUAUGAAAAUCAAGUAUCUGAUACAGGGUGA